CAUAUCCCCAGCGUUCAAGCGCAAGUUUUGUAAAUUCCCUCGAUGCGGAAAAACACCCUCAUAAAAUUAGGCAAAGUGCAUUACCUGUGGUGAAUAUUUCACUUUUAGAAGAUGUCUUGUAUAUACUUAUUCAUUGUGUUGGAGUCUUUACUAUUUUCUCUAAAUUUUCAAGAUAACUGUAUCGCAGACCGUGUAGCGUGUGACAGCGUGGCGAGAAUUCUAUCGUCAUCAGUGACGGAUUUAGGGGGUGGGGGUGGGCGCAGCCAGUGCCCCCUAACUUUUUCAAAUUUAAGAAUGCUAUUGUCAGAUUAAAUCUGUCAGUGCUUGCAACAGUGUAAAUUUAGAAAUCACAUGCCUGGAAAACCAAAAGAUAGCAAUCGAACGGAUAUUCUUCGGAGCAAGGGAUCCGAGUAGAAACCCGGACUGUCAAGCGGAAGGAAGCAGCGACCCGGCCUGCUGCCGACGAGGAUACGGGGAUUGUAUUUCUUAUAACUCCAACACAGAAACUGUUGUGAAAAGACUAUGUUCUGGUCGCCGGGAGUGCUUAUUUCCCGUUAGAGCAGUGAAAACAGAACGCUGCCUUAAUCCAUCUCUUGUUAAGUCCGACUACAUGACAGUAUACUAUAACUGCAUUCCAGAAAAUUUAAUAGCAGAUAUUUGCUCAGACGACUUGAUACAAGCCAUACCUCCAAUAUACCUCUCCAAUGAAGGAUACCCGCUUCCCAGGUCAGGCUCUAGCGACUGUACAUGUAUGGUUGUGAAGAACCCGAAUCAAGCAACAAUCACGGUGAAAGCCAUAGAGAUCUCAUUCAUCGACUCUCAGUGUUCAUUUUCGUUAAUGGUUCGACAAGCAGACGGCAAUCAGGCCAUCUUUCCAUGUAACUAUAGAUUGGUGGGGUACAGACAGUGGACCCAGAUAACCGCAAACAACGCCACCAUCAGCCUGGUCAAUGAGAAUGACCAGGGUGACGCGUAUAUGUGGCUGGAAUUGGACACCCUGGAAGAAUCAGAGACUCCCAUAAGUCUGUAUUGUGGAGACGCGUUGAGGAAGUUGCUGAAUCCGGAUGAUUCAUAUAUGACGGCCCCAAACGAACCUGAUAUAACAUCUAUGCAUCCAACAGUCGCAGUGAAGACCACCACCAAAGCAAAAGAAGCAACCACAGCUACAAUGUCAUCUACAGUUACAACUUCCUCCGAGGAAGAUAUGAUAACAUUAAGUGGUACAACCAACUCGGAUUCGAAAUUCAAAACCCAAAUCCCAACAAUGAAACCCAGGACAACGCACACCACUACCAGCACAACCACCACAUCAAAACCCAGGAUAAUCACAACCACCACAUCAAAACCAGAGACAACCACCACCACCCAAAGUACAACUACCUUAACAACUACAACAUUCAUUUCUCCAACCAAUAGCACUUCUACUCUCUCUAUCCCGACUACCACUACGGGAGCUUCAUUGAGGCCCCCUACCACCGUUACCACUAUUAAACCUCUUAUUACCACUACCAAACCUCAAACCACCACUAUCAAACCAAAAAUUACCACUAUCAAACAGCAAAUUACCACUACCACUUCAGAUUUAGCUAUCAGUCAAGAAGCAGUACAUUGCUACAAAGAAUGUCGGGAGACUGUUGGUCAUGGAUUCACAUUGAACUUAAAGUCCUUCAUCAACCCAUCAAAAGUAAAUAAAUACUGUCGAAAAAUAAAUGAUUUGGUUUCCUGCUUCGAGUCCCACUCAGCGGAGUGCUCUUCUGUUGAUAAGAUGGAUGCUGACAAAGAACUACGGGCAAACUUAGCAGGACGUCAAGUCAUAUGUGAGGAACGUAGAAAUGAGAUUCAGUAUAUGGCGGAAUGCUACAACAUGAAACAUUUCAGACGGGAUCUAUCGCUCUGUGAUCAGUUACUUUACCCCUUUGAUAAUGCUGAUAUGACCGAGAAAUGCAAGUUAAAGGAGAACCUUGUAGACUGUGUAGAAGAUGUUGUAGAGCAGUGUAAUGAUGAGAGGGCCUUCGAGUUUAUGAUUGAUGUAGCCCGUGGACUAUUUAAUCACCUGUACGAUACUGAAAACUGUUCCAAAGAUUCAGAUAAUGGUGAAAAAGAAACCGAGAAACCUAAACCAGAAACAGAGGAAUCAGGAAUGGAGGAACCUAAACCAGAACCAGACACAGAAGAACCUAAACCAGAACCAGACAUAGAAGAACCUAAACCAGAACCAGUAACACAGGAACCUAAAACAGAGGAACCUAAACCAGAACCUGGAACGGAGGAACCUAAACCAGAAACGGAUGAACCAGACAUAGAGAAAGGCGGCAAAGAUCCAUCAAACCCAAAUGUCAUUCCUGAAGAAAAGACUGGAUCUGGUCCAGAAAAUGCAGGUUCUGUUGUUCGCGGAGUCUCUUACUGUUUCCAUAUAAUUCUAAUCGCUCUUUUAAUGAUUGUGCUGUCGUGAUAUGUUGACAAUGUCUUUUGGAUUGGAAUGAUUAUAAAUGUCGAUUUUUCUGUUGUGAUGUAUGAUGUAGACAAGAUAAUGUGAUUGUUAAUACGUAUUUAGUAAAAAAAAAAAAAAAAAAACCAAUCCAGUUAGAUGUAUUGAGAAGGCAAAUUAAUGUAUUUUCUGUCGGAUGAAGAUGGUGUAGUUGUAUUAGAUUCAGAGAUCUCAGGAACCACAUUUUAUGCAGAAUACGAAUUUUCUGAAAAAUUGCAUAGAGUGCGCAGUUUUUUCUUCGUCACUUCAGUGCAGUGCAAGUUCAAACAAUAAAUUGCUGAUACAAUUAUUCAAAAAGACUAGUUUUGUUUGGCCAAGAGGUCAACCAUUUCGUAAGAAUAUCAUUUAUUUUGUGCCGAAGGCGAGAUAUGCACUUUAACAAAAGGUGCUUUAAAUGAAAUGUAUCUUUUCAAUUUAGAAAGAGUAGAAACCCGUUGAAGUUAAUGAUAACAUAGAAACUAAAAAUGUAAAGAAAAGCGUCAUCCUUCUGCGACGCGUCCUUCAAAUGGGCGGAUUAUUUAACACGCCCUUGGUUUUCAGUUGCCUAUGAACCUCUGUCAUUCAUAAUAUGUUUCACUGCAUAUUUACUCAUACGGAACAUCAAGACACAUAUAUACGAUAUUAAAUAUUGGGGCUGUAGACAACAUUAUAUAUUUUGUUUGAAUGACAAGUGCUGUAUGCUGUAUCCUGGUGUUUUGUUAUAUGCAUUGCUCCAGAUUUUUUGUUUUUAAGUCAUUUCCUAUAAUUUUCAAAUGUGACAUGUAAUCACCAUCUUCGCAAGCCAAAUGUCCGAUUCACUUAAUAUAGGAGAGUAAGCAAAGCUUGCGAAGAUGUGUAACGACAAGUAAAAGAUUUCAUAAUAUUGAAGAGAGAGAGAGAGAGAGAGAGAGAGAGAGAGAGAGAGAUUGAGAGAGAGAGAGAGAGAGAUUAAUAGUUUUAGGCAAAUGAUUAAUUUUGGGCAACUUAUGUAUGUACAUGUAUUCCUUUAAAAAAGUAGCUGUAUCUCUGUUUUAUCUAUACUCUGAGUGGUGAGUAGAUUAUAUGAUGAAAUGAUAGAUUUGUUGUUGGUCCUUUUACAAUUCUAUGUUGAAUACCCAAAAGGUUACGGAUAUUUGUUUGUAAAAUGGGUCACGUGUCAUAGAUGUAUGUAUCCGUUUUACAUGAAGUUGCUCAGGCAUGUACAUGUAUGAGUGUGCUUUUUGUCAUUAACAGACAUUGGUCGUAACACUGUAUCAUAGAUAUUUACUAUUUCCGUUUUAGUGUCUCGUAAUUGCUACUUCGUAACCUUAGAAAUCGCCAAAUCAAGGAAUUAAAGAGGUGAUUUGAUUUUGGAUGUUUAUGCUAUUCACUAUCAAGGCGCCGAUUCCUGCCCCCAAGACCAUAAACUGAGAAUAGAUUUAAGUCUGAAUUUCAAAUCCAGCUAACUUUUGAAAUAACUUUCAUAAACAAAUAAAAUUUUCAGUAUAGAUAUAAGUUAUCAAAAUUUUGACUUAAGUCUAUUUUCAGAUUAUGGUCUUGGGGCCUGGAAACAAAGAAAAUAAGAAUACUUUUGUUUUUGUAAACUUUUUGCGAUUUUUAGCGAUUCACAAACAAUUUUUAUGAUUACAUUAACUUGUCAGUAUCAAACAGACGUAGAGGCGUUUUCAAAAUGUCAUUUUAGGGAGUGCUUCUGUUCUUGAUAUGCAUUUAAUGCUACACAGAUGCGUAAAAAUUUUUUACUUGAAGUAAUCCCUAAAUUUUAUGUGCAGUGUGUUAUAAACGUGAACUGUGUGUGUGUAAUAUUGAGUACCCUUAAAAGUACUCCUGUAGUUUUACUGAGUGCUUAAGUGAUGAUGGCCUUUUAAUUCGUUUUGCGUAAUACAGAUUUUUUUCCAUCCCAAUUGUGUUUAUAAAUCCAUCACGUAUUGUCAAAUUAUGUCUGACUAUUUUUUAAACGACUAAUAAAAUUUUCCCAAGGAAUGA